AACUAAGUCAAAAGUCUUCCGACAGGGUGUACAAUAAUUUACUCCUUCAUUAAUGAGUUUCAGCUCCUCUUCCUCGUCCCCAACAUUUCAUUCACUCCCCAACCCCAUCUUUAUUGUUCACCACAAAUUUCUGCUGCAAAAUGGACGGGAUGAACUCCACCGCCGUCCACGGCCACAGUCACCUGAUGCACAUGACGUUCUUCUGGGGGAAGAACGCCGAGAUCCUCUUCUCCGGAUGGCCGGGAUACGGCAACCACGGGAUGUACAUAUUCUCUCUGGCCGUCGUUUUCGCUCUAUCGGUUCUAGUGGAGUGGUUAUCGAAUUCCAACUUCUACGUAGAGGACUGCGGGAAUCGAUUGGCCGCGGCGAUGCUCCAGACGGCGGUGUAUGUUGUCAGAAUCGGUCUGGCGUAUAUUGUGAUGCUGGCGGUGAUGUCCUUCAACGGCGGCGUCUUCCUCGUUGCCAUCGCCGGACACGCGCUCGGGUUCUUCCUCUUCGGGAGCGUGGCGUUCAAGGAGCAGCCGGUAACUUCAUACGUGAAGAGAUCUGAUCUCUCCCCCAUUGAAUUGUAACAGGACAGGGGAUGAAGGGAUUGAAGGAAAAGGGUUUGUGUAUUGUAUUAUGAUAAUAAUCAAUUAAGUUUUUUAUAUUUAUAAUUUUGGGAAUUUUCGUACUCCUCAAAUCUGUGCUUGUAUAAUACGUGUAACUUACAGAAUCUUCUAGGCAUCUGAAUGUUUGCUGCUGAAUUUUGAAUUUCUCCCGUCAAUUUUGUGUCUCAGACCGGAAUGGCGGAAUGUGAACCACCGGAGUUGGUCUGACCGUCUGAUCAUAGAAUCAGUCCAUUGAUUGAAAUGUUAAUCCCAUCUUCAC